AUGAGGCUUUGUAAAAACCUUCGUUCUUCUCUAGUUAGACAAUAUACAACAAGAAAUAUGGCUAGACCAAUUAGCACUACCGAAGCACCUGGUGCCCUUGGACCUUACUCCCAAGCUAUUGUUGCAAAUGGUUUUGUGUUUGUUUCAGGUCAACUUCCCGUUGUUCCUGCCACGGGAAAUAUUAUAAGCGAAGAUAUUAAAGAACAAACGACCCAAGCUGUUACGAAUUUGUCGAAUGUACUUAAAGCAGCAAAAGUUGAUUUAUCUAAAGUCGUAAAAACAACUGUAUAUCUUAAAGAUAUGAAUGACUUUCCUUCCGUAAAUGAAGCUUACGCAAAGGUCUUUGGAGAUAAUCGUCCAGCAAGAGCUUGUGUUGAAGUAUCUCGUUUACCUAAAGAUGUUAAAAUUGAAAUUGAUGCCAUUGCUCUUACAACUUAA